AUGGGAGCAGUAAGCAGCAAGAAGCAGGCCAAGGUCAAAAAGAAGAACCUUUGGGGUGCCCCAAAGGUGGACCAGGUCCCGCCUCGGAAUCAGACACCCCCACCGCUGCCACCCUCUGUCGUCUUCAGCCACGUUGCGGCUCCCGCAGCCACACCGGACCCUGACCAAGAGGGGAUCUUUGCAGUGGCUUUGUAUGACUUCGACGCUCUGAAUGACCGAGAUCUGCAGAUGCGGAAAGGGGAGAAGCUCCAGAUCUUAAUCCAGACUGGGGAUUGGUGGCUGGCCAAGUCCCUUGUCACUGGAAGGGAAGGCUACAUCCCCGGAAACUAUGUGGCUCGUGUGGACACUCUGGAGGUUGAAAAGUGGUUCUUCAAAACCAUCAAUCGGAAGGAUGCCGAGCGGCAGCUCUUGGCCCCGGGGAACAAAGCUGGAGCCUUCCUAGUCCGGGAGAGUGAAACCAUCCCAGGUGCCUUCUCUCUGUCCGUGAAGGACAGCACGGCCCAGGGAGACGUGGUCAAGCACUACAAGAUCCGUUCGCUGGAUGAAGGCGGCUACUACAUCUCCCCCAAAGUCACAUUCCCCAGCCUCCAGGACCUGGUCCAGCAUUAUUCCAAGAAGGGGGACGGCUUGUGCCAGAAGUUGACCACGGCCUGUGUGGUUCUGGCUCCUCAGAGACCCUGGGCCCAGGACGAGUGGGAGAUUCCCCGCCAGGCGCUCAGACUGGUCCGGAGGCUGGGGGCGGGGCAGUUUGGAGAAGUCUGGAUGGGGUACUACAAGAACAGCGUCAAAGUGGCCAUCAAGACCCUGAAGGAGGGCAGCAUGUCCGCGGAGGCCUUCCUGGCGGAGGCCAACCUGAUGAAGACGCUGCGGCACGACAGGCUGGUGCGGCUCUAUGCCGUCGUCACCUCUGAGCCCAUCUACAUCGUCACCGAGUACAUGGCCAAAGGGUGUUUGCUGGAGUUCUUGAAGACGGACGAAGGUGCCAGGCUGAGCCUCUCCAGGCUGAUUGACAUGUCGGCCCAGGUGGCAGAGGGCAUGGCUUACAUCGAGCAGCGCAACUCCAUCCACCGGGACCUGCGGGCCGCCAACGUCCUCGUGUCCGAGACCCUUGGCUGCAAGAUCGCCGACUUCGGCCUGGCCAGGAUUAUUGACUCCGAGUACACGGCGCAGGAGGGCGCCAAGUUCCCCAUCAAGUGGACGGCGCCCGAGGCCAUCAACUACGGGGUGUUCUCCAUCAAGGCCGACGUCUGGUCCUUCGGCAUCCUCAUGAUGGAGAUCGUCACCUACGGCCGAGUCCCCUACCCAGGGAUGACCAACCCCGAGGUCAUCCGGAACCUGGAGCGCGGCUACCGCAUGCCCUGCCCAGACUCGUGCCCGGCCGAGCUGUACGAGGUGAUCGCGGGGUGUUGGGAGAGCCGCCCGGAGGAGCGCCCCACCUUCGAAUACCUGCAGUCCGUCCUCGGGGACUUCUACACGGCCACCGAGCGCCAGUAUGAGCUGCAGCCCUAG